AUGCCGCCAGCCCCUGAAAUCCUGAAUCCUUCCAUGGAGAUCUUGGAGUCAUCGGGCACGGAGAGCGAACCCUCUUCUGAUACACAGGCCCGCAAAGCUCGGGCUGCCAAAUCCUGGAUGCUGCUCGGUCUAGGGACAUGUGCCAUUCUGCUAGUGGGCGCCAUCAUUGCGCUCAUCGUCAUCCUGGCUCUGAGACAUCGCUCGAACAGCGGGGAGAAGUGCCGAGGAUUUCAGAAGUGCCCAUCGUAUCCUAUGCCUUUCGAAUUCGGCGCCUGGCCUCAGACUUACAACUACCGAGGGAGAUUCCCUGAGGGAUUCGCGUGGGGUCUCGGCACUGCGUCCUACCAGAUAGAAGGCGCCUACAAUGAGGAUGGAAGGGGCGCUUCCAUCUGGGACACCUUCACUGGGGCGAACACCGUUGGCAUGCCAGGGGCAAACUGCAGCUACUGUUGCAAGUCAGCCCCAUGUACACCUAACCAGCACAUGGUGGACAAGGGGGCAACCGGCAACGUUGCUACAAACAGUUACCACAUGUUCCGGACGGAUAUUGCCCUCAUGAAGUCGAUGGGCCUCAAGCACUACCGAUUCAGUAUUGCCUGGCCUCGCAUCUUCCCUACUGGUGCCGACUCGGGGGAGCCGAACCCCAAGGGGGUGAAAUGGUACAACACCUUCAUUGACUCACUGCUGGCCGCUGGGAUUCAGCCGUAUGUGACGUUGUACCACUGGGACCUUCCACAAGCACUUCUAAGCCCACCUGAGCGAAAUGCAUGGUGGGCCCGUGAUGAGGACGGUAAGCCUGUGGGGGUGAUUCUCCCGAACUGGAAGCACUACGUUGACACCUGCUUCCGGCUUUUUGGAGACAGAGUGAAGGUCUGGGUGACUUUCAACGAGGCCUGGACAGCCACGAAGCUCGCAAGUGGCAGUGGCAAGGCUCCCGGUAUCAAGCCCUUCAUGGAUCCGACCCUGGAUCCAUACAUAGCUGGCCACAACAUACUGAACGCACAUGCGGCAGCCGUAGACAUCUACCGCCGCAAGUACAAGCCGUCGCAAGGGGGGAUCAUUGGCAUCACCAACAACCAAGACUGGCGAGAGCCGAAGACAGAUGGUGCUCAAGACAUUGCAGCUGCUGAAAGGGCGAUUCUCUUCCAGCUGGGCUGGUUUUCCGAGCCCAUUUUUGGACAGCACGGGGACUAUCCUCCUGAGAUGAGGUCCGUUUUUGGCGACCGUUUGCCUGAAUUUACUGAUGCUCAGAAGCAGCUCCUCAAAGGAAGUGCUGACUUUUUCGGGCUGAAUCACUACGCCACAGGAUGGUUCGCUGCCAGCGAUCAACCAGGCUGGGAUCUGACAUAUGGUGUUCAAAGCGAGUCAGGCUUUGUCCAAGGCCAGUCUGAUUGGAUCUAUGCUGCUGGCUGGGGCUUGCGCAAGCUCCUCAACUGGGUCAAGAGGCGCUACAACCCGAUCAUCUACGUCACCGAGAACGGGUGGUCGGUGGCGGCCAAGACUGCUGAAGAGGCCGCGAACGACACGCAGCGAGUCAUGUACUAUGCGAACUACACCUCCUCUGUCUUGUCUGCCAUACAUGAGGAUGGUGUGGACGUCCGCGGCUAUUUCGCCUGGUCACUGCUGGAUAACUUUGAGUGGGAGAUGGGCUAUCCUAUUCGAUUCGGAGUCACCUUCAACAACUACAACUUGGGGCUGGACCCCAAUGCUCCACUGCCAAACACCGCUGUUCCCACUCCGGGCUUCCAGCUACGGCGACGCAAGGACUCAAGCUGCUUCUUGGAGGAG